AUGGGUUGGGGUGAUUUGGGAGCUUUUGGAGAGCCUUCUAAGGAAACUCCUAACUUGGACCAGAUGGCUUCAGAAGGGUUGCUCUUCCUGGAUUUUUAUACUGCCAACCCCCUCUGUUCUCCUUCAAGGGCAGCCCUGCUGACAGGCCGACUCCCAGUGAGGAAUGGUUUUUACACCACGAAUGCACAUGCCAGGAAUGCAUUCACACCCCAGGACAUCGUAGGAGGAAUCCCAGAUUCUGAACUGCUGCUCCCAGAGUUGCUGAAGAAAGCUGGCUAUGUCAACAAGAUCAUUGGCAAAUGGCAUCUGGGUCACAGGCCCCAGUUCCACCCCCUGAGACAUGGGUUUGACGAGUGGUUCGGAUCCCCAAACUGCCAUUUUGGACCUUUUGAUAACAGAGCCCUCCCCAAUAUCCCUGUGUACAGGGACUGGGAGAUGAUUGGCAGAUACUACGAAGAUUUCAAAAUAGAUCUGAAGACAGGUGAAGCCAACUUGACUCAGAUCUACCUGCAGGAAGCUCUCGAUUUUAUUAGCAGGCAGCAGGCCAGCCAGCAGCCCUUCUUUUUAUACUGGGCAAUUGAUGCUACCCACGCUCCUGUUUAUGCCUCCAAACAUUUCCUGGGCACUAGUCAGAGAGGACUCUACGGAGAUGCUGUGCGGGAAAUCGAUGACAGCGUUGGAAAAAUCCUAAGCCACCUGCAGCAGCUGGGGAUCAGUGAGAACACUUUUGUGUUUUUCACCUCUGAUAAUGGGGCUGCUCUCAUUUCUGCUCCUCAACAAGGAGGAAGCAAUGGUCGUUUUCUGUGUGGCAAACAAACCACUUUUGAAGGUGGGAUGAGAGAACCAGCUAUUGCUUGGUGGCCUGGACACAUCCCUGCAGGACAGGUCAGCCAUCAGCUGGGCAACGUGAUGGAUCUCUUCAGCACCAGCCUCUCCCUGGCGGGGCUGGAGCCUCCUGCUGACAGACAGAUUGAUGGCAUCGACCUUUUACCUGCCAUGGUGCUGGGCAAGCUAAUUGACAGGCCCAUCUUCUAUUAUCGUGGCAACGAGAUGAUGGCAGUGAGAGUCGGGCUUUACAAGGCUCAUUACUGGACCUGGAGCAACUCCUGGGAGGAGUACAGCAAGGGUGUUGACUUCUGUCCUGGGCAGAAUGUUUCUGGAGUGACAACCCAUACACAGGAGGAGCACACUAACCUGCCACUGCUUUUCCACCUGGGGAGGGACCCUGGAGAGAAGUACCCUCUAAGCUUUGCCAGUGAUGAAUACCAGAGGGUUAUGGAGCGAGUAUCUGCUGUUGUGCAGCAGCACAAGGUGACGAUGGUGCCCGGGGAGCCGCAGCUCAACGUGUGUGACAAGGCUGUGAUGAAUUGGUCUCCUCCAGGCUGUGAGAAGCUGGGGAAAUGCCUGACUCCACCCAAGUCUGACCCAAAGAAGUGUGUUUGGCCUCACUGA